CCGAUACGAUACGAUUUUAUAUGUACCAUGCUAAUAACGGACAAUUGCACACCCCUACCCGCUAAUAAUCUAAAAAUCCACAUAUCCCUUUGUUUUCCCUUGCCAGUUCACACCCAAAAACCUCGAAGCCGUCGCGACUCGCGAUAACGAUAACAAUAGCCAAAGCAGAGAAGCAGACUUUUUCCCUCGUUUCCUUCCCUUUUUUCCUCUCUCUCUCUCCUUCUUUAUUCUCCUUCUACAAUAACAAUCAAUCCUCCCACAUUCAACCUCUUUUUUUCCCCAUUGUUCCGUUCUCUGCUCUUUACCUGUUCUCUCUCUCUCCACUUAGUUCUCACCGUCGCCGGAACAAUCCAACUCGGUUGUCCUUUUUGCUGCGUUGGGGAAGAUAAUAUGGACUAUCUUGACCCAGCAACGGCGCCGUGUUCCAUUGACGACUUCCUCAACUUCGCUUCCGACAUAGGGGAAGAAGACGACGAACAGACACCUUCAAACCCCGGCCGCCGCUCCUCCUCCGUUAAACCGGAUGGCGUCGGACCCUCCCCCUUCGAGUUUUCCGACCCAUUGACAGAAUUCCCUGAGGAAGAAUUGGAAUGGAUUUCCAACAAGGAAGCGUUCCCUGCGCUCGAGACAUUCGUCGACAUUGUCUCCGAGCACCCGGGCAGCCUGCCGAAGCAGCACAGCCCGGUCUCGGUGCUCGAGAACAGCACCACGAGCAGCCACAGCUCGAACCCUGGUAGUGGUAGUGGUGGUGGUUUGGGUUCGGGGUUCAUCAUGAGCUACUGCCGGAGCCUGCAGGCUCCGGUGAAGAAGGCGAGGAGGAGCAAGCGGAGAUUGAAGUGCCGGACCGACAUACAGGACCCGCGGCAGUACUGGUGGAACCAUGAGAAAUUCCUGAGGGGAGGAGGGGGCAGGAAGUCGUCGACGGCUGGGAGGAAGUGCGAGCAUUGUGGCUCCGAGAAGACACCGCAGUGGAGGGCAGGCCCGUCGGGUGCCAAGACGCUGUGCAAUGCCUGUGGGGUGAGGUUCAAGUCCGGGAGGCUGGUGCCGGAGUACAGGCCUGCCAACAGCCCGACGUUUUCGAUGGAGCUGCACUCGAAUUCGCACCGUAAGGUUUUGGAGAUUAGGAAGAAGAAACAUGGUGGGUCGGAUGGUUUUGUAGCUGUGAAAACCCUGUGAGAAGGGGUAGGAUUAGGAACAAAGGCUAGCAGUGUAGUGGUAGUAGUUUCUACAUCUAGGGUUAGUGGAAAGGAAGGUUGUAGGAGCUGGAGAAACUUCUAUUGAACUUUGAAAUUGCAGCGUACGUAGUUGGUUCUUCUUCUCCUUUGGUAAUAGGUGAAAGUUUGAGUCUUUAUUAGUGUGGGUUUUGGCUGGUAUGUGUCAUUUUCUUUCUUUCCUUCUUCUUCCUCUAUAGAAUAGAAAGCCAAGGUAGUGUUAAGUUGAUAUUGGUCUACUUCUAUUUCUGCUUCUACUCUUCCUUCAUCAUCAUCAUCAUGUAAAGUUUUGAUUUUUCUGUUUUUGGAGAUGAUGCUUUGGGCUGGGGGAUUUUGGCUAUGAUUGUUUCUUUCCGUUGAGAGGUUGAGGCUGUGGUGGUGGGAUCAUCAUUGAAUCAAAGUUUUGGUUUAGGGUUUGGUUAGAAUGUGAUGAUGAGAGAUGUUCUUCAUCCUCAUUCUCAAUUUUGCAAUUGGUUUUGUUAGUUGUAAUGCAGAAGACGCUGGCGGUUGAUAUGGCUUUUUCACUGUUUUCAUUCACAACAACCGAACUUCACCGUGUUGAAUCGAAAAAGUUAGGGGUUAAUCGAAAAAGUUAGGGGUUAAUUGCAUGGUUGGUCACCGAGAUUACAAAAAACGUUCAUAUU